AUGGCUCAAUAAAUUGAUCUUGAUAAUGAGAAUUAACUCCCUUUAAAUACUAAUGGUUUCACAGAUUCAGCUGUUAUCACUUGUUUCCAUUGUGAUUAAAUUGGAGAAACAAAAUUAAUAUAUCAAAGAGGAAUGUGGACAUAUUUAAUGUGUAUAUUAAUGCAAUGCAUAUGUGGGUUCAUUUUUUGUAUUAUUCCAAAGGCCUUUAGGGUCGGUUGUCUUGUUUAUGAAUGACUGCAAAGAUAUUUAUCAUAUCUGUAGAAACUGUAAAUAAGUGGUUGGAAUUACUGAAAAACAAAUUAAAUUUUAAUGA